CGCCAUUGGCGGGCGCCCCCGGCGGUCCCGGCGUGCCCCGCGCAAGAUGGCGGCGCGCAGCCGUUGAGGCGGACGGCGAGGCCAUGGCGCUGCGGCGGGCGGCGGCGGCGGCGCUGCCGGGCCGGGCCCGCGGCAUCAUCACCCGCCCGGACGCCGCCCGGCUGCGCGGGCCGCCGCCGCGCACGCCCUGGACCACCCGCGGGCCGCCGCCCGAGGUGCUGGCGCGCGCCGUGGAGCGGCGGCCGGUGCGCGAGCAGGUGGAGCUGGACACGGUGACCUACGCGGGGCGGCAGCACUUCGUGCCCGGGCUGGCGCGGCCGCGCUUCCCGCCCUGGGAGCGGGGCUGGCGGCACCCCUGGCACUCGCCGGGGCCGCGCUGCGAGCACAUGCCGCUGCGCAAGGAGCGCGUCUGCUACGUCUGCCACCAGUGGGUCCGCAUGCUCGAAGGAGUUCGGCAAGCGCUCUGGCUCACCAAGACGAAGCUCGUGCCGGGCUUGCCUCCGGGCGUGCUGGGCAUCGUCGGCGAUCCGGCUGCCCAGCUCGAGGGUCAGGAUGAGAGAGUGAAGCAGGCGAUCUCACACGCGUGCUUCUGGGAGACUACCGAAGUUGUUCCCGACAGAGAAAGCUAUUGCCCUGUACUCUUUGAAGACUUGCUACAUUUAUGUCGGUCAAUGACUAUGAAGUAUCCUUCUCUGGCUAAAAGAAUGCUGGCUAGAAACUACAGGAUAGCAGCUACAUGGGAAAGAGAAUCAUUUCUUCUUCAGGUCCGUGGCCUAAAUGGAAUACUUCUCAACUCUAUGGCCCCAAUACCACCAGUAGCCUCCAGGGACGAGGUAGUAGCCACUGAAGAACACGCUCUGGAGACCUUCUAUCCCAUCGCUCCUACAAUUGAUCUUCAGGAAGUGAAUGUGUACAGAGAGCUCGAUGAUACAGGUUUUAGAGAUGGUUAUCCAUACCCUCAUCCUCACACCCUGUACUUCCUGGAGUCAGCCAACAUUCGUCCGAACAGGUUCAGACCAGAACAGCUUCGGGCUAAAAUGAUGAUGUUUGCUUUUGGCAAUGCGCUGGCAAAGGCUAAGAUGCUGUACGGGAACGAUCCCAAGGUUUUGGAGCAGCCAGUAGUGGUGCAAAGUGUUGGCACAGAUGGCCAGCUUUUCCAGUUCAUGGUGUUCCAGUUAAAUACAACAGACCUUGUCUCUAGCGAUGGUGUUAAAAAUCUAGUCUGGAUUGACUCUGAUCAGCAACUGUAUGAAAAAGCCCAGUGUAUUCCAGAAGUCAAGAAGAGAGUUGUAACGAAGCCCGCUGGAAUAUAUGGCUUCCAGCCAGACACAUUCAAGAAGUUUCUGGCACUGUAUUUGCAUGGGACUGUGUGAAAUUCCACUGAAAUGAAAAUCCUCCAACUGUACCUGCUGCUUCUCUUUGCUAGAACAUCACAUAGCUAAAGAAAGGUGGAUUAAUUUACUUUCCAAAAUAAAUUAUAUUGUUACUCAAAGUAAAUUUUUUUUAAAUCAAA